GUCCAUACCCAUGCCCCAUUGACGCAACCGCAACUGCCACCAUGCCUGUUCGUCAUGGCUCUGCAUUGGGGAGCGUCACCAACCUGGCCCACCAAGCGCACACUAGCAUAGAUGGGUACCUAUCCUCAUCAACGAUCCUGGCCGCAUUGCCUUUCAUUUUCUCGCCAACAUGAGAACCUCGCCGGCCACACGCUCCAGCCAGUCUCCGUCUUCAGCGCUGUCACCGGACUCGGCCUGGCCGACGCUGAAGACACCCCCAAUCCCUUUAUGCAUGGCUGCUGUCCAGUAUACGACCUUCUACGACCCCAGGCACAACCACUUUACUGCUCGAUCGACGGCUCCGUUUACUACGAGCCGCGCCGACAGCCCGAGCGCGGGUUCCCAGGUCCAUUGAUCGAGCCCCGCCGCUGCCGCCCACACUCGAUCAAUAUCGUCUCAUACCCGUCCGGCUUUGUGCCGCACGAGCUCCGACCGCCCAGACCGUGUAACGACACAACUACGAGGCACGAGAAACGACGGGAUAGGAAGAGGAAGAGGGAGGAAGCCAAAGCGAGGAAAAGAGAAGAGAGGGUGAGAAGGAGAGAGGAAGCGCGGCGCAGUGAGAAGCAGGAGAAGAGGCGAUCUCUACGAUCUCUGUCAUCCCUCCCACCGGGCACCGAGAAAGUCGGCAGGGCCAUCGACAAAAUAUUCGCCGCCUUCUCCAUCACCCCGAAACCGGCACCCACCGUCUCCGCAACCCCAACCCGAACCCCAAGGACAGAGUCCCGGCCAUCCAGCUUCAUUAGCUUCGCACGGAGGCUAUCCCGGCUCGAAUCAACACCUUUGGAACCGGUCGUUGCCGAGGAACCAGCCGCCGAGCCGCCCAUCAGCAUGACUGGCGUCGCAGUCCCCCGGCCCCGCGCCGCAAGCACGGGCGUCACGUCGACGAGCCGGGCCAACAUGAUGUCAAUACGGUCCGCAAAGACCAUGAUCAGCUCAUCCGUCUCCGAGGUCCAAAAGCCAGUUGCAUCAGGCAGCGGCGUCACCUGUUCUAUCCUCCUGGCCGAGCCCAACGUCUUCCUGACCGGCUUCGAGCACGAUGGCCAAACGCGCCGCGGAGCCCAGACCACCAGCGCCCUGCUUCGCGGGAAGCUGCAACUGAACGUGUCCAAAAAUGUCAAGAUCAAGUCCAUCACGUUGAAACUAGUCGGCAAGGCCAGGACGAAUUGGCCCGAGGGCAUCCCACCAGCAAAGGCGGAACUGUUCGAGGAGCAGACCCUCCGGACUCAAUCCUUGGUCUUCUUCCAGGCCAUGCAUCAAGAGAUGUGGGAUACUGAGUACGGCAGCCAGUGUAGCUAUGUCCACAAGUCCUCAGGCCUUAUGGGCGCUCUGCAGCCGACUGCCUCCAGCGGAGCCCUCCCGGUCAUUGGCAAAGGCCGUAACAGUACUCUGACCGCUAAAGAGUACAAAAAGCUUUCGCUGCAGUCAGUCAACUCGCGGAGUUUCGGCAAGGGCGAUUCUCCCCAUAUCAACCCGGUCCAAGCCAAAGGGUACAAAGUGUUCCGCCCCGGCACCUACGAGUACUCCUUCGAGCUUCCGUUGGACCACAGCCAGUUGGAGACAGCAAAACUGCCGUAUGGGUCGGUACGUUGGGAUCUCGAGGCCGCCGUGGAGCGCGCGGGUGCCUUCAAGCCCAACCUCCACGGUGCAAAAGAGGUGUCGGUUGUUCGUUUGCCCGAUCAGAUGUCGCUUGAGACAGUCGAGCCGAUCUCGAUUAGCCGGCACUGGGAGGACCAGCUACACUACGACAUCAUCAUCUCCGGCAAAAGCUUCCCCAUCGGAGGGAGGAUACCCAUCGCCUUCAAACUCACCCCGCUGGCCAAGGUCCAGGUCCACAAGCUCAAGGUGUAUGCGACGGAAAGCAUCGAGUACUGGACCAACAAUCGCCAUGUGACCCGUAAAGACGCCGGUCGCAAGAUACUACUGCUCGAAAAGGCAGCCGGCAAGCCGCUCGAUAAGCAGUACUCGGAGAGCGACAUCCGCGUGGUCAGCGGCGGCGAGCUCGCCCCCGAUCAGCGAGCCGACGCUCGGCGGACGGCAGCACGCCGCAGGGUUAGAGAGGCUUCUCGGAACCGCGGCGUCGUCGAGCCGUUACCCGAACCCAGCGACAACCUUCUGGGCGACCUCGACCUCGGGCUCGAGAGCUUCUGGGGGAGCACAGAGAUCGAGAUGAACGUUCAACUCCCGACCUGCGAGAUGAUGACGCGCGACAAGAUGCUCCGUCUGCAUCCUGACUGCAGUUGGAAGAAUGUCAACGUCUUCCAUUGGAUUAAGCUCGUCAUGCGCAUCUCUCGCGCAGACCCCGACGAUCCGACAGGGAAGAAGCGCCGGCAUUUCGAGAUCAGCAUCGACAGCCCGUUCACCGUUCUCGACUGCCGCGCCACCCAGGCGAACACGGCACUCCCGCGGUACAGCGGUAGCGACCGGCCCAUCCCCGAGCAACGACAGCAGAUGUCGUGCGGCUGCCCCGACGCCCACCCACUAGACCCGAGCUCGGCACCGUUGUCACGUCCCCUGACUAUGGUCGAAGAGGAUACCAUCAACCUCAACGGGCACCGCCUACGUCUCAACUGCCCCCUCCCGAAUCUGCCGCAAGCCGCCCACCUCCAAGCCGCCGCCGUCGCCGCUGCGGGAGCCAACGGGCGACAAAGCGGCUCAACCGGCGCCCGCCCAGAGACAUCCCGCACGCCCGUCGACCGAGAACGCCCGAUCCACCUAAUCCGCCACCCCUCACACAACCCUCCCGCUUUCGACGCCGACCAACCACCACCCGCACUGCCGCUCCAAACACCACCACCCCACUACGACAUCAUCGUCGGCACCCCCAGCGUCGACGGCCUCGCAGACUAUUUCGCCCGCCUCGCCGCCUACGAAAAGGACGACAACGGCGAAAACGACGGCGACGGCGACGCGGACAGCACCGGGCUGGGAAUCACACCCCCAGCCAGCGGCGGCGGCGCCGCCGUCACCGCCACAGGCGAAACAGCCCAGACCCAGACCCAGGCGCAGGAGGUCGUCCCCCGCGGCGCAGACAGCGACGACAGCGACACCAACACCAUCGGCCCGGACACCGAGACCACGGAGCCCACCCCGGCGUCGGACCCCCCUUCGGUCGGUGCCGCUACAGUGGCGGAUGCGUACGGUGCGGAGGUGGAUCCGUUUAGUACACUGCGCUUUCCGGAGGCGGGGGGUGAGGUUGGGGCUGGUGCUGGAACUGGGGCUGGUGUGGGAGUGGGAGUGGCAGGAGGGAGUGGGGAUAAUGAGGCGGAUAGCGUGGAGGAGGAGGAGGAGGAGGAUGAUGAGGAGGAUGAGGAGGAGGAGGAUGGGCGUGCCAGGCUGCAUCGCGGCGGGCGGGUUAACGUGGCUAACCCGCGUACCCCCGGUGGUCGGUUGGUGCCGAGCCGGAGUUUGGAGAUUGAACGGCCGAUGGUGAGGUUGGAUAUGACGGGUGUGUUGAUGAGGAGGGGUGGGCAGUGAGUGGGUGCUUUUCUGGGGCGUUAGUGUGAGGGGAGUGUGUGCUCCUUGAGGGAUUGGUUGAUGUUUCUGCUUCUUGUUAGGCGGGGCAAGUUGGGGGGUUGUGCAUGUCA